AUGGAAGCUGCUUCUGCUCGCGCCGCGACUCGCGAUCGCUGGGGCGACGCUGGGCGCUCCUCUUCUCAGCUCCUGCGCUUCAUCCAGGGAGCCUGCAGCCCCGAAAACUACGAGCCCAAUCUGGCGCUCAACCUCGAGGUUUCGGACCUCAUCAACAGCAAAAAGGGCACCGCCCCUCGCGAGGCUGCCACGGCCAUUGUCGGCUUCGUCAACCACCGCAACCCCAAUGUUGCCCUGCUCGCCCUCAGCCUGCUCGAUAUCUGCGUCAAAAACUGCGGCUACCCCUUCCACCUGCAGAUCAGCACAAAGGAGUUCCUCAACGAGCUGGUGCGGAGAUUCCCGGAGCGCCCUCCAAUUCGGCCGACCCGCGUCCAGAGCAAGAUCCUUGAGCUGAUUGAGGAAUGGCGCAUGACGAUUUGCGAGACGAGCCGGUACAGAGAUGACCUGGGCUUCAUCCGGGACAUGCACCGGCUGCUCAGCUACAAGGGUUACAUGUUCCCCGAAGUGCGGAGGGAAGAUGCCGCCGUGUUGAAUCCCAGUGACAACCUGAAAUCGGCCGAGGAGAUGGAGGAAGAAGAGCGGGAGGCGCAAUCAGCCAAGCUACAAGAGCUUAUCCGCCGAGGCACUCCCGAGGAUCUCCAGGAAGCCAACCGUUUGAUGAAGGUCAUGGCCGGUUACGACACCAGGUCCAAGACAGACUAUCGCGCCAAAGCUGCCGAGGAUGUAGGCAAGAUCCAAGCCAAGGCCAGACUACUAGAGGAACGCCUUGAAGCGUUCAGGGCAGGGGACAAAAUGGAAGACGGCGACGUCUUCAGUGAACUCGCCGCCGCCUUGCAGAGUGCCCAACCCAAGAUCCAGAAGAUGUGCGAAGAGGAGUCGGACGAUCACGAGGCCGUGGCUAGGCUGUUGGAGAUCAACGACAGCAUACACCGCACAGUCGAGCGGUACAAGCUUAUGAAGAAGGGCGACAUGGACGGCGCUGCCAAGAUUGCCGCCGGCGCGCCCCCGCCAUCGCACUCGGGAGCUCCAGCAUCGGCGGCAAACGAGCUGUCGCUAAUAGAUUUUGACGGCGAUGCCGCGCAGAGCAACGGCAGCAACGGUGCAGGCUCAUCGCAAGCAGGCGGAUUGGAGAAUGACCUCCUUGGCCUGGACAUUGGCGGCCAAUCGAACACGUUUGGGCAGGGCGGCAGCAUUGCUCUAGGAUUUGAUAUCCCUGGACCGGCACUCCUCUCAUCUUUAACUCAAGGCAGCACCGCCAGAGGAGCUGGGCAGAAUGACACACCCCCUUCAUUCUCCCAGUUCGCCUCCUUUACAUCUCCUCCCGCCUCUCAGUCCGCUACGCCUCAGCCCAACUACCAACAGCAGACGUCACCACCGCAAGCUGCCUCCAAUGCCUUUGCCUCGUUCACCACCAGCCCUCCCGCGCCGAAGCCCGCGGCCGUCUCCAACGACGAUGACGAGUGGAACUUUUCAUCUGCCCUGCCGGCGGAACAGGCCCCAGCCAAGCCCACAGAGCACAAGGGAACUGCUGGCAAUUCCAGUCUUCGAACCGACUUUCUGGCAAAGCGAAGCACAGCAGUCAGCAACGCAAUCAACAUUGUAUUUGCCUUUUCCAACAACACCGCGCAGCCUAUCAAUGAGCUUCACUUUCAACUAGCCGUCACAAAGGGCUACGAACUCCAACUCAAACCCCAAACAGGCCGUGCCCUCUCCCCCAAGCAGAGCCGCGGCGUCACCCAAGAAGUCGACGUCUGGCACGCCGGCAACAAGAACCAGCGGGUCGAAUCCGUCAAGCUGCGCUGGCGGGCAUCGUACAAGGUCGGCGAGGAGGUGAAGAAUGAGAUGGGCGAGAUUGCAGAAUUUAGCCUUGCUUAA